AUGGCUUUCUCCCAGGUGCAGUGCCUGGACGACAGCCACGUCAACUGGAGGUCCAGCGAGUCCAAGCCCGAGUUCUUCUACAGCGAGGAGCAACGCCUGGCCCUGGAGGCACUGGCCUCCCGCGGCCCCGAUGCCUUCUACGAGGUCCUGAAGAAGGAGAACAUCAGGGACUUCCUCUCCGAGCUGGAACUAAAGAAGAUCCUGGACACGUUGGAGACGUACGACCCUGGCUCCGAGUACAUCCCACGCCAUGGCAGCAGUGUGGGGGAGAGCGAAGGCGAUCGCAACAGCCAAGGGGAUGAGCAGGACGUGGCCCCCUCCCUGGAGUACUGGCCGCAGAGGUCCGACCGCUCCAUCCCCCAGCUGGACCUCGGCUGGCCCGAGACCAUCGCCUACCGCGGGGUCACCCGUGCCACCGUCUACAUGCAGCCGCCCAUCGAGGGGCAAGCGCACAUCAAGGAGGUGGUGCGGAAGAUGAUCUGCCAGGCUCAGAAGGUCAUUGCAGUGGUCAUGGACAUGUUCACCGAUGUAGACAUCUUCAAGGACCUCCUGGAUGCGGGCUUCAAGAGGAAAGUGGGAGUCUACAUCAUUUUGGAUGAGACCAACGUGAAGCACUUCCUUCAGAUGUGCGAGCGAGCCCAGAUGCACGCUGGACACUUGAAGAACCUGCGAGUCCGGAGUACAGGGGGGACAGAGUUUUUCACGCGCUCGGCCACCAAGUUCAAAGGAGCUUUGGCCCAGAAGUUCAUGUUUGUGGAUGGGGACCGGGCCAUGUGUGGAUCCUACAGCUUCACCUGGUCUGCGGCAAGGACGGACCGAAAUGUCAUCACAGUCCUCUCGGGCCAAGUGGUAGAGGCAUUCGACAAGCAGUUCCAGGAGCUCUACCUCAUGUCCAAGGGGGUGAGCCUAAAGUCCAUUUCCAUGGGUGAAGAGCCUGAACCUGAGCCUGUAACACUGCCCUCCGUCGUGCCGGUGACCCCUGCCAAUGCUGUGGUGAAGAAGCUAAUAAACCCUAAAUACGCCCUGGUGAAGGCAAAGAGCGCCGACCAGAUCAGCAAGACUUCAUCAGAGAACCAGGACAAAAACCAGAAAACUGACAACAAAGGCAAAGCCAUGCCCGAGGGCCAGGUGGGCGACAGGCAUGGAGACAUGGCAGAUCUCUCCCUACUCAUCCACCCUGGCCUCCUGAAUCUGGAGAAAGCCAACAUGUUUGACUAUCUGCCCACCUGGGUCGAGCCCGACCCCGAGCCUGGGAGCGAAGUCUUGGGCUACAUCAACAUUAUUGACCCGAAGAUAAAGAACGUAAAGCUCUCGCAGAUGAACCGCAUCAAAGUCUGUGAUGUCUCCCAGGCCAGCGCCCAGCACCGGCAGAUGCUGAAGAACAGGGAGAUGGAGAUCAAGAAAAACUCAAACCAAGAGCCACCUCUGAUGUUCCCUUACCAAAGGCAGACCCCACAGACCCCCAUGGAAGCUCCUGCAGCCCCUGCUACCAGCCCCAUCGAAGGUGUCAGCUGGACAAUGAAGCAACCAGGAAUGUUUCACACUUCACCAUUGGGCCACUGCUUGAAGCCACCAGAGGAGAUACUGGAGGACAUCAAGCCCCCAGUUCCAAAGCCAAGGACCAUCCCUGCUGGUAUCCUUGUGACCAAAGUCAUUACGCCCUGUGAGGGCAGCACUGCCCCAGAGGAUGACAUACAACCACUGCCAGGCAACCACGAGGGUACAAAGCAGGAACCAGAGGAGAAGCCCAAUGGAGCUUCAGUGGAAUCCUGCCAUCUCCAGCCAGACCGGCCAGUGACAGGGACACAGGAGGACAAAGGGCCUCCCUGCACCCAUAACGGGCUGGGAGAUGGGGAGGAGGAGGAGGAAGAGGAAUACAUCACUCUCAGUGACCAGGAGAGCUACUCCAGCAGCUCUGCUGACCACAGCUACCGCCGCUCCAAUGCCUCCUCCAUCUCAGAUGAGUACUUCGAGGUGAGGGAUCGCUACGGGCCACUCCGGCGAACCAACUCGGACGUCACCCACAAUGGGGAGAUCCUUCCCAUGCAGAGGAAGCUCAGUGACCCUCACAUCAGCCGGGGCACCUUCCUCAGCCCCCUGGGGAGCCUUCCGUCCCUGAAGCAUGUCCAUGUGGAGGACAUGACGAAGAGGAGGAGCAACGCCGUGGAGAUUAGGUGCGUGCUGCCACGCACCAUCCUGGAUGGCAACAGCUCCUACCCCAGCAGUACUGCACAGGGGAUGCACAUCUACCGCUACCGACCCAGGAACCCCGCAGGCAGAGAGCAAGGCAAGGAGGUCUCCUGCUCCCCGACACACGAGAAACCCCUCGGGGCCACCAAAUACAGAGGGGAUGGAGCUGAACCCAAAAAGACCAUCGCAGGCAGCCAGCCCUACUGGCAGAGCAAAGCCUUCAGCCCCAGCAAGCCCACACAGCCCGGCCACCUCUCACCAAGCCACCCCAAAGCAUCAAGCAAACGCUUAACCUCCCUGCCAGAAAGCCAGAAGACAACCGAGGAGGUGAAGACACCCCUUGGCAUCCCGCUCUCCAAACUGUCCCAGUCCAAGCACCUCAAGAACAGGGCUGCGGGAGCCCCAGGUGCUUCUAUUGACUCCAAAAAGAAGCCCCCCGAGACCACUGGCCAGAAGGACCACUAA